AGCCUUUUUUGUUUUUUUCUUCUUUUUAAUUUUUUUUUUUAAAAAAAAUUGUUUGACCCAAAAAGCAGAGAAGGUAGUGAGAGGGUGAAGAACAGAAAGGGUGUGAAGUGAAGAAGCAGAUCUGAAGUGAAGAGGUGAAGAAGAAGAAAGAAAAAAGAAAAAAGAAAAAUCCCAGUAAUUAGAGAGCCCAAAGUUGAAAACUUUGGAUCAAAGGGUUAACAAAAAAACAAAACUUGGUUAUGCUUUGAGCCUUCUUUCUUGGUCUUCACCCCCCAAAAAAUGCCUCGCCCUUCUUUCCAUAAGGUUAUUCUAACCACCACUCUCCAAUCCAAGCAACUGAGAGUACCAGAUAAUUUUCUGAGAAAAUAUGGGGGUGAGCUUUCCUCCUUUGUUAACCUGUCUGUUCCCGAUGGUAGUUCGUGGCGUGUGGGACUGAAAAAGGUAGACAACAAAUUUUGGUUCAUUGAUGGUUGGGCAGAAUUUGUUCAGCGCUAUUCCAUCGGUGUUGGAUACCUUUUAGCUUUCAGAUACGAAGGAAAGUCGAAUUUCAGUGUUCACAUUUUUAAUUUGGCUACUGCUGAGAUAAAUUAUCAAUCACCCACACGAAGCAGCAAUGAAGGAUCUUACUUUGCGAAUUGCCUCAAAAUUUUUGAAGAAAUGGAAGAUGAAGACUUCACUGAAUCCAAACCAGCCUUGCAGAAUCUAUUUAACGGGUCCAAACUUAAUAGUGUAAACUGGGGUGAGGGC